ACCUCUCUGGAGAGCUACUUCUACCUGGAUCCUCCCACAUGUUUUAACUCUCUUCCCUUCCUCCUCCUUCACUCACUCAAUCAUAAAUCUUUAGAGAGACAUCACACCUGUUUCUUUUCCCACACUCACCGAUAACAUUAACAAUGUCUCCCACAAACGCCGAGUAUGCGCUCUCUGAGUCGCACAAGGAGAUGCUUGAGAAGUCUCUCCUCGACUCCGACCCUGAGGUCGCCUCCAUCAUGAAGGAUGAGAUUAAGCGUCAGCGCGAGUCCAUUAUCCUCAUCGCCUCCGAGAACAUCACCUCCCGCGCUGUCUUCGAUGCCCUUGGUUCCCCCAUGUCCAACAAGUACUCUGAGGGUUACCCCGGUGCUCGUUACUAUGGUGGCAACCAGCACAUCGACCAGAUCGAGCGUCUCUGCCAGCAGCGUGCUCUUGAGGCUUUCCACCUCGACUCCGAGAAGUGGGGUGUCAACGUCCAGUGCCUUUCUGGAUCCCCCGCCAACCUCCAGGUCUACCAGGCUAUCAUGCCUGUCCACGGCCGUCUCAUGGGUCUCGACCUUCCCCAUGGUGGCCAUCUGAGCCACGGUUACCAGACCCCCCAGAAGAAGAUCUCUGCUAUCUCUACUUACUUUGAGACCAUGCCUUACCGUGUCGACCUCGACACCGGCAUCAUUGACUAUGAUACACUCCAGAAGAACGCCAUUCUCUUCCGCCCUAAGGUCCUUGUUGCUGGUACCUCUGCUUACUGCCGUCUCAUUGACUACGAGCGCAUGCGCAAGAUCGCCGACUCCGUCGGUGCCUACCUUGUUGUCGAUAUGGCUCACAUCUCCGGUCUCAUUGCUGCCGAGGUCAUCCCCACUCCCUUCAAGUACGCCGACAUUGUUACAACCACCACCCACAAGUCUCUCCGUGGUCCCCGUGGUGCCAUGAUCUUCUUCCGCAAGGGCGUCCGCUCCGUCGAUGCCAAGACCGGCAAGGAGACCCUCUACGACCUCGAGAACCCCAUCAACUUCUCCGUCUUCCCCGGCCACCAGGGUGGUCCUCAUAACCACACCAUCACUGCUCUGGCUGUUGCCCUGAAGCAGGCUGCCAGCCCUGACUUCAAGGCCUACCAGGAGAAGGUUGUUUCCAACGCCAAGACCCUGGAGAACACUUUCAAGACUCUCGGCCACAAGCUCGUGUCUGACGGCACUGACAGCCACAUGGUCCUCGUCGACCUUCGCCAGCACAGCCUGGAUGGUGCCCGUGUUGAGGCCGUCCUUGAGCAAAUCAACAUUGCUUGCAACAAGAACUCCAUCCCCGGUGACAAGUCUGCUCUCACCCCUUGCGGUAUCCGUAUUGGUACCCCCGCCAUGACUUCUCGUGGUUUCGGAGAGAAGGAGUUCGAGCGUGUCGGCAAGUACAUCGAUGAGGCCAUCAAGAUCUGUAAGGAGGAGCAGGCUGCCCUCCCCAAGGAGGCCAACAAGCUCAAGGACUUCAAGGCUCGCGUCGCCAGCGGCGAGGUCCAGAAGAUUAACGACCUCAAGAAGGAGAUUGCCUCUUGGUGCAACGACUUCCCUCUUCCCGUUGAGGGCUGGCGUCUGGAUGCCGGCAUCUAAGAUGCAGUAGACAUGAUUGCUCCUCCAAAGGUCAUCCAUCCCUCAACAUGAUGUGAUGCCUUUAUUCUCCAACACGCAUUUAACAUGGAUGAGGCAAAUGGCGAAACGUUCAACAAGCAUGCAUUUCAUCACGGCGCAGAUACCUAGUUUUUUUUUUUUUUGGUCAGGGCUUUUUUUCAGGUCGGGAUAUAUAAGCAUCCUUCAACACAAGAUGGAAUCGCUGGAAAAAAGGUAGUGGGAGUUUGGUUAUGUUUAUGAUAUCUGAGAUGGUUAUUCCUCUCUCUAGCUGUUUUGUCAUUCUACCCACUGGGUUGGAAUCAAGACCAGUUGGAAACGCACUCCACAAUGAGUAGCAUACAGCUAAAUAAAUUCAAUGGCUGAA